AUGUUCUCCACCACUGAGCACAGAGUGUCCGCGUAUGAAAAGACCUGUUAUAGCCGGCAACCCUUGUUACACCGCGCCACUUCCCGCAGAAGAAUUGACAUUGUAGAACUUCUGCUUAAUAAAGGAGCCUCAAUAGACCUUGAAUUCCCAGCACUUCGCAUAAUAUCACGACAGCUCGCCAACAGCUUUCAUUCAGUGCUGAAAUAUUUGCGUGAUAGGGGCGCCGAUAUCGACUAUCGAACUCGUGGUUCUAUGCAUUAG